AAGAUAUUCUCGAAUCUUGCUCAGAUUUCGAUGUGUUCAUUACGCUGGUACGUGGUGACACAUUGAUGAACACAUCUAACGCCUGAUUGAACAGUUGCAAAUAAAUCGGGUUACCAUCUUUAACAUCGGAUCUUAAUUUUUAGUCUGGAUCUCAGAUUGUGAUUUACGAAACAAUUCAAUUCAAUUCCAUUUGCACUCUUUCGCCCUUCGUUUUCAGGCUUUGAAUCACCAGAAUCUCAACCUCCGCUUCAAUGGAUCGAACUCAAAUUCUUCUAGUGGGCUUACCGGUCUUGCUCUUCUGCUCUGACAUUAUGAAUCUUUUCUCUUCUCCACCUCACAAGCCGAUUUCUCACAAACAUUCUCCGAUUCCCACCAAGUCUCAACCGCAUCUUCAGCAAUCCCUGGAAUUUCCCGUUCAGAAACAGACCACCAUUGUCCCACCGAUUGGGGGCGGCAACACUGUUAACAUUGACUUCUGCACUUCUUGUUCUUACAGAGGAACUGCAGUUGCAUCUAAACAAUUGCUGGAAACAGCGUUUCCUGGGAUUGAUGUUGUUUUAGCUAACUGCCCACCUCCACUUACUAAACGCAUGGUUAGCAAAGUGAUACCAGUGGUGCAACUUGGAAUUAUUGGACUUGUAGUGGCAGGUGAACAGAUAUUUCCUAAAUUGGGAAUAGUGACGCCACCUUCAUGGUACUACUCAUUGCGUGCCAAUAGGUUUGGAAGUAUGGCAAGCACUUGGCUUCUUGGGAAUUUUGUUCAAUCUUUCCUACAGAGUUCUGGUGCUUUUGAAGUGUAUUGCAAUGGUGAAUUGAUAUUCUCCAAGUUGAAGGAGAAUAGAUUCCCAGGUGAAAUUGAGUUGAAGGAUCUUGUUGGCGGAAGAAUAGCGAAUACAAGAUAUGGUCCUGUCUGAUCCAAGAAUGUUAACUUGGCUGAAUUCGUCAGCAUCAAAAGCUAAUGUGAUUGAAUUAUAUGACAGAAUCGCUGCAUCUUGAUUGAGAUUUACGAAACGGAUUGUAGAGAUCAGAUUUCCUGUGUUAGCUAUUUGUCCUGUACAUUCUAUGUCAAGCAAGUUAUCUCACAAGCAUGCCUUCUGCAUAGGCAUUUAUAGAAGUAAAUUAAAAUAGAGGGGUGAUGCUUGGAAAAUUCUUCUAUUUAUAUACAAGUACGAAGCACACGCACAUGAAUAAGCACUAAUCACGGCUUAAUUUGCCAUUUUUGUAUCAGGAACCGAAUCAUAAAUCAUUAUGUU